AUGUUUGAUAAUUAAGUUAAUGAAGAUGUUGAUUUUCAUAACUCUAACAAUAAUUAUUCUAUCUAUGCACUAAAGUCUUAUAUUCUCUCAUCCUUUUAUUAGUUUUAUUAUUAAAUCGUUUAAGAUAUAUUUUAUCUGAAAUUUGUUUUUCUAAUAAAUCGAUCAUAGUUUCACUUGAUUUAAUUUGAUGGAAAAUUCUUCCUUUAUUAAAAUAAUUUUUUAGUUAAAGUUGUUUUUAGCUUCCAAUUCAAACUACAAAUUAUUCCCUUAGUCUUUCAUAUCUACUCUCAUUUUCAUCUUUUGUUAUUAUUAUUGUGGGAUUUUCAGAAUUUACCUUAGUUUUCAAUUCCUUAUUUAUUAGCACUUUUUAUUUAAGCUUAUAUUCAAUUCAUUUAAUUUUGA